AUGUCGGAACAAGCCAUGGACGACGUCUCCAAGUUUUUACAAGAUGUCAAGGAGAUGAAUGCUCGCCGCACCGAGGAGGACGACGCCCGCCAACGCGAACUCGACGAAAAGAUUCAGCAGGAGAAGAGGGAACGCCAGGCCCGUCGCGCUGAACGCGCUCGAUCCAUUUCCCCUCAAAAGUCAUCCCCGGCCAACACACCACCGCCGUCUCGAGGCAACACUACACAGCUUUCCGAUGAUCUGAGGCUGUCCUCUCCUGGCCUCGAACUCACCGGCAGCCCUCGCCCUCGCUCCCGUGGCAGCCCGGCUCCCGAUACCAUGGAAAGAGUCUCGACCUCUCCUACCAAGGAAAACGAUUCCCCCUUUGACGCCGAUAAUAAGCGUUCGAGCGUGACCUCUCCUACCGGCGGUGUACCAGGAGCCCGACCGCUGUCGUGGCAGAGACGUCCCAACUCUCAGCACUCGGAUCGAUCCAAAAGUCGUCCCUUGUCCGUUGUCGCCGCAGAGAAUGCGGCCAGAACCUCGCCGAACCCCACGUCGGACCCCUCCUCCGCUACCGAGCAAACCUUUUCUAGGGAGCAGAUCUCUCAGGCAUUGGGUUCCAAAGACCCUGCUUGGUUUCGUCAGACGGCCGACCGUGCAAGCGCUGCAUCGGCUGCCAACCGCAAGACGCAGGUGGAGGAUACCGAUACCACCGACAUGUCGUCCAUGCGUGCCCAUCAGCUCCCAGGCCUGAGCCGCAGCUCUUCCACCGACUUGUCCCCCGAACACUCGAGUCCUACCAAGGAAAACAGGCUUGGCUCUCCCCUCUCCCUAUCCAGCGCCCAGAGGCUGGACCCUCCGGCUGAGAUUUCUCCCGAGAAUGACGCCACCGCGCAGCAACGUAUGCCAGUCAUGUCGUCGGGGUCGGGUCGCGCAUCACCCACGAGGCCCGUCUCGCCUACCAAGGGCAUGGGCGGCUUUGUCCAGAGUGCCAUGAUGAAGAGGUCAGAUAGUGUCAAGAGGUGGAGCGUAACAUCGCCUCCCGGACUUGUGCGCGCGGAUUCGGCUGCCUCGAGCCGAGUCGGCGAGCCUAGAUCGCGCCCUCAGAGCAUGUUCGUUCGCGACAGUACUGUUACGACUAGCGGUUCAUCCCACUCCCGUUCCCGUUCUCGCCCCGCCUCCCGACCUUCGUCUCGUCCCACCUCACGCCACAGCAAUCAGGAGCACCAGGACGAGACCGAGACCACGCCCAAGGCCCCCGCCGCAGCACCACCGUCAGAGGCUAAGCCAGACGCCAAAGAAGAAGAGCAGGAGAAGUUGACGCCGCCAUCCAGCCCUUCAAAGACUGUGGACGCUAGAAGAUGGAGUCCAACGAAGGCAAGCUGGCUAGAAACGGCACUGAACAAGCCCGAAGCACCGAAACCCAAGCCGCCAUCCACGCCCAACCAGCCAGCCUGGAUGGUCGAGCUCAACAAAGCCAAAGCGCAGAAGGCUGCCAAUUCCAGUGUCGACCUUGGUCGAAGCGGCUCUGUAGCGUCGAACAAACAUGAAGUCAACAUUGGCGGGUUAAUGCGGUCGACUCCGAUGGGCAGCCACGAGGCAAAAUCAUCCGUUAGCGGACUCAAGGGAAUCUACACUCCUGUGAACACUCACAAGACGGGCGGCAGCGUCAGCAGCCCGGGUUUCCGCAGCAGCACGAUUAAAAGCCCAACGAGCGAAAACAAGCCGGAAGAGACUACUGCUCCCGUGGAAAUCCCGAAGCGAUCCCCAAUCACAGAUAGCCCUGCCGUGGCCAAAGUCAAGCCCGAGACCCCUCCAAAGAAGGACUUCCGAGGUGGUCUAAAGUCUCGAAACGUUUCGGGAGACGGUGCGUCUCCUAGUGAUCCGGUCAAUGAGCUACAGAGUGUCUUUGGUAACCUCCGCCGGACGAAAACACAAAACUAUGUUGCGCCGGACGAGCUAAAAUCAAACAUCUCGCGCGGCAAAGCAGCCUUGAAUAUCACAGGCGGACCGAAGCCGAGCGAGCGCAAAGACGAGUUCAAGGAGGCGAUCCUGAAGAAAAAGGAGGACUUCAAAGCUGCUCAGUCCCAAGGCAGAAGCGUUGCUCGAACAAAGUCUAAUGCAUCCGAGAGCCCACUGCCUGAAGCUUUGUUGAAGAGACACGCGCUGAGCAAAUCAGUCUCGGGCAGGUCAGCUGCGACAUUGCCUUCAGCCAUUGAACACCGCAAAUCUGUCAGUGAACGAUCAAAGUCUGUAUCUCAGGAUGAGUCGAGCGAGCCCAUGCAUUUGCCCCGUUCCCCUCUGGUCAAGCCCCCUACAGACAGCUCGCCCGGCGUCCAUUCUCCGACAGAGCUCAGGUCCACGACGCCAACUCUCCAGAAAGAGAACAGCGCCCCUCCUGCCCGCCUCCAGGGACGUGCCGCUGCCGGUGGCUUGGCGGGUCGCUUCAAUCCUGCACUCGCGGGACUUUUGGCUCGUGGGCCUCCACUCAUGGCUGCCAAUGGAGGACGCGACACAGAGAAGGCUGGCGAAUCCAGCGGCGCAACCGAGCCUACAACUCCGGGACCUCAGCUUACGCACAUGACUAAGGGCCGUGCUCGCGGCCCGAAGAGAAAGGCUCCGUCCUCCAAGGGUCUGUCUGCCGGUCCUCCCGCCACAGAGUCGGCGAAUGAGCCGAAGCCAAGCUCAGCCGGGACCUCACCUGCGAAGGAAGAGCCGUCUCGUGCCACUGAGGAGCCCAAGAAGAGCCUCGAAAAGGAGGCUCCGGUGUCUAUCCAGGCCCAAGUAGCUGCUCAAGCAGCUGCCAAGAACAGGCCAGCGCCUUUCAAGCCCUUUGGAAAGUCCGCCGAGGCUCCUGUUGAAAAGGCUGUUGAAGCGUCUCCCGAGAAACCUAUCCUUCCCGCCACGGAAGAGGAGCCAGUUUCAAAGCGCAGGUCUCGGUCUCCGACGAUGAAGCUCCAGUCUUCCCCGAUAAAACAAUUCGAGGAGAAGCCUAUCGAGCCAACAGCUCAGCCCACUUCGCCCAAGAAGCUGGACAUGAAGAGAGUGUCCAUGUUCUUUCAAGAAAAGAACCAGGAGACCGCGAGGCCCGAGAGUCCUGGGAGAGAGAGCACAAAGGUCGAGAGCCCAAGGAGAGAGGAACCCAAGAUGGAAAGUCCAAAGAGGGAGGAGCCGACAAGGGAGAGCCCGGCCACAACGCCCAGCAUCAAGCCCAAGCCAGUCUUUGAGAAGGCUUUCAGCCCCCCGCCUCAGAAGACCGAGGAGGUUUCUCCUGUCAAGACUUUCGGACGGCCCUUGCCUGAGCCAACACCGAGUCCUGCAAAGAAGUCGUUUUCUGACAAGGUGGAAGAGCCUUUAUCCCCUGCCCGGACAUUUGGACGACCCUUGCCAGACCCCACCCCGAGAUCUCCCAUGCGGUCUCCCGUUCGAUCACCGGCCCCUAAUGAUCAAAUGGAUAGCCCCCACGUGGCACCUCUGAGGACCUUUGGCCGGCCACUGUCGAGACCCAGCUCACCUCAGAAGUCGAAUGACAGAGUCGACAGCGAACCGGUCGUCUCGGUCAGGGAUGCCGCGGCGAUGUUUGGCGGCUCGGUUGUCCAAUCACCGCCUCUCGAGACAAGGUCGCGAUUCGACACUCCUGCAUCUCCGGUCCCAAGGACCAGCACUCCCUUGGGGAGCUCCGCAAGGCCUCUGCCAAACCCACCUAAGCCAACAUCGCCAACAACCUCCGUAUCGCCCGUCCGAUCCCCGUCCAAGUCAAGUUCCGACGUCUCGACCUUGCUAGAUGACUUCUUUGGCACACAGCGUCCGCAGAGAGAAUACCGUCUCGAUACUGCCCAAGUGUUGAUGAAUAAGCCCUGUGUUCGCGAGAUUCAAAGCCAGGGCGCCAGACUGUUUCAGAUUACUGGUGACGGCAAGAAAAUUCCCGUGUCAGCACACAAUGAGCGCAUCCUGUUCGAAGGGGAGAUGUACAUUUGCGCCAAUGUAUUCACCAAUGAGGUCGGCAAAAGGGAGACGGAGGUAUGCUUCUGGAUCGGUGACGAGGUAUCGGACGCCACCGUCGAAGACGCUGCUCUGUUCGUCAGCCGUGAGGCUCGCUCGCUCGGCGGGAAACUCAUCAAGAUGCGUCAGGGCAGAGAGACGCCAGAGUUCAUCAUGGCUCUUGGCGGCAUGAUCAUCAUCCGCCGUGGCACCAAUGCCAAGUAUGACUCGUUGGCACCCAGCAUGCUCUGCGGUCGCCGCAUGCUCGGCCAGGUCGUGUUCGACGAGGUUGACUUUUCGUCCACGAGUCUCUGUUCUGGAUUCCCAUUCCUAAUUACGCAAUCAGGAAAGUGCUAUCUCUGGAAGGGCAGGGGUAGUGAUGUAGACGAGCUGAGCUGCGCCCGUCUCAUAGGUAUGGACUUGAGCUUGAUGGGCGAGCUCCUUGAAAUCGACGACGGCAGCGAGCCGGACACCUUUUGGGCCAUCUUCAAUGAUGGCACGAAGCCGCAUUCCGCGGACCACUGGCGCCUGAAGCCCAACUACGACAAGUACUGCCAGAGACUGUUCCGCUCGGACGCAUCUGCAGCUCAACAGGUCUACGAGAUCAGCCCUUUCACUCAAGCCGACCUGGACCCCUCGGGCAUCUAUGUGCUGGAUGCAUUCUUUGAAAUGUACAUCAUCGUCGGCAAAAUGGCGCAGAGUCAGUACGGCUCCUUCCGCAACGCCCUCGAAUUCGCGCAAGAAUAUGCCAUCCUGGCCAGUGGCAUGGAAGACCGUCCCUUCAUCCCCGUUUCAACAGUGGUGCUGGAGGGCAUCCCGAAAGACCUCAAGAGCGUGUUCCGGAAGUGGCGUGUCGAGGCGAGCCCGACCAUCAUGCCAAAGAAGACGCCCGGCCUGAAGCGCGGCAGAAGUCUGCGCGUCAUGCCCCUCACGCACGCUCUUCAAGCAAUGAAAGAGUAG